AUGCUGCAGUCAAUCGCAGGACGUCUCAGAGAAAUUAUUCAAAAUGAUUUACAUCAUGUGGUAUUACAAUUCGAAAAAAGUAAAUUCAUGGAUGGCAAUAGUUUCAAUGAUAUUCAAAUCAUUCAAUCUCCUUUCAUUGAAUUUUCAUUACAAGAAACAAACAACCAUGAUGCACAUGAUUCAGAAUCUUCUUGUUUCUAUGAAUUAAUACCAAAAUGGAAGAAUCGAGAGGAUACCAUGUAUCAUUCCUAUCACAAUGAAUUAGACAAGUUUAAUCAAGGUGGUGAAACACUUUCACAAAUAUGGGCAGACUGCUUUCGAGUAUGUUCCUUAGUGUUAGGGAGUGACAUGGAUAUUAUGAAUUGUUGCUCAAAACAAAAUUUACAUCGAUUUAAAAGAGUAUCAAAAAGAAGUGAACAUGCAUCAUCAUCAUCACAUACUCUUGUAGAACCUGGUUACACUCUUCAAGAAUUAUUUCCUCAAACUCAUUUAUUUGAACCUUUAAAUAUUGGACAAGUAUUGUGUUAUUUCUAUUUGAAACAAUCCAUCAUGGAAUCUUGUAGAAUGAUGCAACAACAUGAGAGUGAACUUUCAUCCAAAAAAGUGAUUGUCACUCCAUCCUUCUCUACUAACAGUAGUAGUAAAAAGAGCAAUGAUUUCCAAAAUAAUUCUAACUUGGAUUUAGGAGAAUGUAUUCGAAAUUUUAAUUUGAAAAAUUUAAAGCCUCAACACACCAUAGUAAGAGGAACUCUGAAUGGUGGAGGAAUGGGAUGUAUCGAUGAUAUUCAAAUGACAAGAAGAGUGAAUCAUAAUUCUACUUUUAAUUCAAUGACUCCCCAAUGGUUACAAUUCAAAGAAUUAUGGGAUCGUUAUGGUAAAUGGUAUCUAAAGAAUGACAAGAUAUGUGAUACCAUGAAUACAACUAGUAGUAGUAGUAGUAGUAGUUGUAAAAAUUUCCACUCAAAUACAACUAGUAGUAGUAGCAGUAAUCAUCUCCAUAUGGAACAUUCCACAAUGAAUUUCCAUAUAGAUGAAUGCACAUCCACUGCAGCACCAGUGGUACUACCACCAGAUGUGGGAGAUAUUCUUUUAACCAUUCCAUGUGUUCAUUGUUCUCAAUGGACAAGAUUUAUUGAGGCAUCGUAUAAUCCAAAUUUUCAUUUUGCCAUUGUCAUUCUCGUCGAGAGAGUGAGUGGUCUCUAUAUCACACUCGAGAAUUGGGCUGUGAAUGAUGUUCAUGCAGUGAAUGGAGAAUGGGGAUUGUGUUGUUAUCGAUCCACAAUGAAUACUAGUAGUAGUAGUAGUAGUACUCGAUCAUCAUCAAAAUUACACACAAGUACAUGCAAGAAUGAUCCACAAAGAAUGGACAAGAUCAUGAUUACAAAUAAUUCAUCGAAUAUGAAUUCUAUGAAGAGUUAUCAUGAAACUUUAACAAGUAAGGGAGGUUAUGGAAAUAUUGCCAUGACCAUUACAUUGAAAUUGCAAUGA